AUGAUCGCAACUACAGGACAAUCAUUUAUCACUCGUGCAUGGAUCUCCGAAAGACUUUGCCAUAGCGAAGAUUGGGUACGCCGAAAUUGGAAUAAAACAACCGAAGAGUGCUAUACACAAUUUGGAAGUGGUCGACCUCAGGUGUUGUUGACCCAUAGUAGGCAUGCACCAAUCCCGAUUCCAAACAAUCCGAUUCCGAUUCUAGAAUCGGAAUCGAAUGGGAUUGGUUGGAAUUGGAAUUGGAAUCGAAUGGAAUUGGUUGGGAUUGGGAUCGGAAUCGAAUGGAAUCGACCCAUAAUUGGAAUCGGAAUCGAAUGGGAUUGUUUGGAAUUGGAAUUGGUUGGAACCAGCUGGGAUUGA